AUGGGUUCAGUCCGUCAGCACAGCACACACACUGCCACAUCCCAGCGCGAGCGGAGCGCGGCAAUUUGAUGUCGACAUAAUCUGAUGAAGUAGCAACAAUCAGGGGGAAAAGUGGAUCUUCAUGCGCACAUCCAGGGAAUAUUCCAGCUGGCUUCAGGAUGAAGACACCGAUGCGUCAUGGAGUUGCCGUGUUUCUCGCCAUCACCAUGUGCACCAGUCUGUUGUUCGUGUAUAACGUCAGCUACAAUAAUAAUAGCACUACAGCAGCCAGCGCGUCUAAGGGCGCUUCAGGUGAGACAGUGGAGCCCACCAGAGCGGCCCGCGCGCAUCCAGCACUGCAGGGAUACAGCAGCAUCAUUGAGCACAAGCCUUUGAAGAUGCACUGCAGGAGCUGUGCGCUGGUCACUAGCUCUGGUCAUCUAACCGGUGGGGGUCGCGGAAAAGAGAUCGAUCAGGCAGAGUGCGUCAUCCGAAUGAAUGACGCGCCCAUAGCUCGUGGCUAUGGGGCGGACGUGGGUCACCGCACGAGCCUGAGGGUCAUUGCUCAUUCCAGCAUGCAGAGAGUGCUGCGCAGCCGCCAUGAACUUCUCAACUCCAGCCAGGAAACAGUCUUCAUAUUUUGGGGACCCAGCAGUUACAUGCGACGGGACGGGAAAGGCCUGGUUUAUAACAAUCUGCGGCUUAUGAACCAAGUGCUCCCCAAACUCAAGGUCUACAUUAUCUCCUGGCAGAAAAUGCUCCAGUUUGAUGAUUUAUUCAAGAGGGAGACUGGUAAAGACAGGAGAAUCACUAACUCAUGGUUAAGCACAGGCUGGUUCACAAUGACUAUUGCCUUAGAGCUCUGUGACAGGAUCAAUGUUUAUGGCAUGGUGCCUCCAGAUUUCUGUAGGGAGUCUCAGCACUCAUCUGUUCCGUAUCACUACUACGAGCCCACGGGUCCAGAUGAAUGUGCCAUGUACAUCUCCCACGAGCGAGGCCGUCGAGGCAGCCACCAUCGUUUCAUUACAGAGAAACGUGUCUUCGCAAACUGGGCUCGGACAUUCAACAUCCAUUUCUACCAGCCAGAUUGGAGUCCUCCACCGUUACCCAGAAACAGCACAGCAACCGCAGCCUUUCCCAGACCGCAGAAGACGUGACUCUUUUACCCAGAGCCAUCGGAUGAUAUCAAAACUGCCUUAAAAGGAUCACUGGCUAAUCCUGUUGCCAUUUGGAUGGUGCUUUAUGUAUUGGAUCGACUAUGAAGAACUGCUCUAGGACUCCAUUCAUGGAAGACUGACGCUUUUAUUUUGCACAUUCAUCGUUCCUUUAGGCAUUCCAUCAGUCCCUAUUUUAGAAAACCUGGAGGAUCAGUAGCUAUGUUUUCAUCCACCUAUUUUUAGGAAUAUCGCAACAAAAGAAAUGCUAAAUGGAAAUGCCAAGAUGCGCAGGAUAAACUUAGAGUAGGAUCAUCUUUUUAUCCAAUAAGAAAAAUAUGUGCAGAAACUACUACGUAAACGCAUUUACAUACAAAAAUUCCCACAUGCGCAUCAAAAAAAGUAAUGUGAUUCUGUUUUAACAGAUCACAAAUGUGGGUGCGAUGGUAAAGUGUUAAUGGACCUAUCAUUGUUGUUUUGGUCCUUCUAAAACCUCUUAACCAAAGUCCAUCAUUAAAGUGGUUCCAUAUUUUUACCUCCCAGGGGUGUGUUUCCCAAACAAUGACAGAUCUCGUGGCUGAACUACCAUUACUACCAUAGUGCGAUGCAUUAUUUGGAAAGAGAUCAAUGUAGCGACCAGUUUUUCCCAAAACUGUAGUUUCUUUGUUGCAGAUCCAUCAUUUGAACCAAGCUAGUUAUAAAAACCCCACCAUUUUUGUACAAACUAAAUUGUUUUACACGCAUUUAGGUGUAAAUUAUGGGUUUUUUUAAGGAGAAAUAACAAAACGGGAGGGUGGCGGGAGAUGAGUCUGAAAUACGGGUGUGUUGGCAGGUAUGUUGUUAAUGGAUGUAAUUUACUGUAGACUAUUUAUUUAAAAAAUGAAAAAAAAAUAUUGAUAAUAAUUAUUAUUUUUAUUG